AUGGAAGACGCUCCCUCUCUCGAACUUGAAAUCCUCAACGGUCCUCGCAAAGGCGAAACCCUCCAAUUCAAACCCGGUUUCACCGUCAAAAUCGGCCGUGUCGUUCGCGGCAACAAUCUUCCCAUCAAGGAUCCAGGUAUUUCCACCAAACACCUCUCUAUCCAAAUCGAUUCUGGUAAUUGGACAAUCCUUGACCUAGAUUCCUCUAACGGCACCGUUUUGGACGGUGUAACACUUCCUCCUAAUACUCCUUUUCACCUCAGUGAUGGAUCCGUUGUUAAGAUCGGUGAGGUUACUUCCAUUGCUGUUAACUUCAUUAAACCCCAGAACAACGCUACAGUUAGUACUGAAGUAGAAGGGAAACCAAUGCGAGGUAAAAGAGGUAAUACUAAAAGUAAUAAAGGUGUCAAUUCUAGGGUUCUUGUUCAGAGCAUCGAUGAAUUUGAAUCUGGGAAUGUGGUUCAACUGGAACCAACUAGGGUUACUCGGAGUACGAGGAGUAUGCGGAGUGGAAACAAUGUUGUUUCUGAUUCUGCUGCUGGGAAUUUGGAUGUUAUUGAAGAAAAGGUGGACGAGCCGAAGAAGAACACGCGUGCCACGCGGAAUUUGAAGACUAAGCAGAAGACCGUUACGUUUAGUGGUUUGAGUAUUGGGGAUUCGGAAGCUCAAGAAGAGAAAGUGGAAGAGUUGAAGAGUGGGAGGGUGACGCGAAAUGCGAAGAAUAAGAAUAAACAGGAUGUGAUUGGGAUUUCUGAACCAAGUAUUGUGGAUUUGGAUGAUGUGGAAGAGAAUGUGGAAAAACGGAAGAAUGUAAGGGUGACACGUAAUGGGAAGAAUAAGAAUAAGCAGAAUGUGAUUGGAAUUUCUGAAACAAGUGUUGUGGAUUUGGAUGUUGUGGAAGAGAAGGUGGAGGAAACGAAAAGUGCAAGGGUGACUAGGAAUGCGAAGAAUAAGCGGAAGGUGAUUGAGAUUUCUGAAUCAACUGUUGUGGAUUUGGAUGCUGUGGAAGAGAAGGUGGAGGAACCGAAAAAUGUGAGGGUGACACGUAAUUCGAAGAAUAAAGGGAUUGUAAUUGGGGAAAAUUCAAGCUUGGCGGAUGGGGUGGUGGAUGUGGAGAAAAAGAAAACGAGGGGUGGUGCCAAGGGAAAGAAGAAGUUACAGGAAGAGUGUGUUGAUGAUGGAGAUGGUAAAGACAUUUGUGAUGAGAAAGACAAUAAGAAUUUGAACAAGGAUGAUAGUUUGAACAUGGAUGAGAAUUGGCCGGAUUUGAAUAAGAUUAGUUUAGGUGAGUGGUUUGAUUUCUUGGAAGUUUUUUUGCCAAAACAGACAAAUGAUGAAGCUGAAGCAAUUAUUGAUUCCAUGAGACAAAAAGUUGAGAGACUUCGCGAGUACGUCAUAAUGUAUCAGAAUCAAAAAGCUUAA